ACUUAUUCCUUGCUUUCCAAAUACUGUAACAGAUGGCAGCCCAAGUUGCUUCUUCUUCCUGCUUCUAAUUUGCAUGAUCUGUUUGCAGAACUCUUGGAAACUCUGCAUAAAUUUGAAAACUCAACCAGAUCCAUGGUGGGAUGUUGAUUUUCUUCCCUAACGAGAAGUCUAAAAAUAGAUCUUUGAAGGCGGGGGCUUGUGACGGCGAGAGAAGCAAGUUGUGACGGCGAGAGGGAUGCUAGGGGCUGCGACGGCUGGGCGCUGCGAUGCCCGGAGCUUUCGACGACGGGGAUGCGAAAGCAUCAUCGACGGCGGUGCAGAAGCGGCGGAGGCAGCGGUGCAGAAGCGGCGGCGGCAGUGCAGAAGCGGCGGCAACGGUGAUGCAAAAGUGUCAGCGUCAGUGGUGUACAGGGGUAGACGGCUCCAAUGGGGUGUACAGGGGUAGCAAAGAUGAGGGCAUAAAGGGAAAGUCAACACAAUUUUCAUUCCACCUAAAUUUGCGCACCGAGUCAAAGUGGGAACUUUAAAUGUGGACGGAGGGAGUAUAUCUGCACAUUGUCAAAUGUGUCCUUGGAUCAAUGCCAGAAGAAGUGAAGAACUAAGUGAGGCACUUAAAGGAGCUAUAUUACUUUUUAAGAUUGAAAAGUAUAUUUAUUACUCCUUAAUAUACUAAUUUUAUGUUGUUUUAUAAAACCAUUAAAACAUAUUGAAAUGGUUUUCAAAACAAUUGGGAACUUCUCAAGUAAUCGAUCAAGUUUUUGAAAUUAAAUAAAUAUGGUCCAUUAGUCAUUAUUUAUACUCCCUCCCUCCCGCUAUAUUCGUCCACUUUCGACAUUUGAACUGUUCAUCUAAGCACUUUGACUCAUCAAAUUCUCUCAAUGUGUAAGCCUAAAUAUAGUCAUGUGUGAUCUUGUUUGAUUUGUCUUAACAUAUAGAUUAUUAAUAUAUAAUUUCUAUAAUUUUUUAAUAUACAAAUUACAAGAUAAAAUGGAUUAAAGAAGUGUAUUGGAU